AUGCAGCCAACAAACAGGUGGAGAAUCAGAAUAUCCGGGAUCUGUAAGCUUCCUGGUAAGAUGUGUGAUGUGUCGGCUCUCGGUGAAACUACGUUGAGGUUGAUAGAAUCACGUCUCAAAGAUAAUUCGGGAAAUGAGCUGCUACUUAGAGCGGAGAGACAUUGCAGGAAAAUAGAAGUAUCACUGGCUUCUAAUAGACGGAAGGAAGCUGUGCAGUCGUGGAUUCUGAGUGAAUUGGACUACACAUACCACGAGGAACAAAUGUUGGUUGAAGCCACGUUUUCUGACUACCAAAAUCUACAUGAUAUACUCGAACGUUUGUCAAAGGCAUUGGCUGUUGGACAGCAGGAGGAAGUGGACAUUGAUAUUUUGGAAUGUAUUUACUGGAGACGAGGUGCACUACUCUACAUGUACUGCAACACAGUCAAUAAGCAUCCAGAUAAGCAAACAGAUCAAUACACUGACUGUUUGAGCAAAGGAAUACAAGAGCUGUCAGCAAUGUUAAGUGUGCGUACAAGACCAAAAGGUGCUGAAUCACAAGACGAGCAAACACAAAAACUACUUGAGGAAGGAAUCUUCAGUGAUACUCAUGUCCUAGCACUUAUGUAUGCUGGUGAGAUGUGCUACUGGCUGCUGACUCACUCGGAACCAUCAGACACAUCACAACACACACAGCUUGUAAAGCAGUGUCACCAUUUCCUGACAACAUAUAUUUUUGUUACAGAAGGUCCACUAAAACUGCAUGGCUGGUCAACAGAUAGAGCCAAGCAAAUCCUUUCCCAAGUUGUCAAUCAAAAAACAUGAUAAAAGUUGACACUACACUACUUAACUUAAUCAGUGUCUAUACACUUUAGAACAUUUCACUAGACAAUGAUCAAUAGAUACAUUUUCUACAUUUGAUAUGAUCACUGUAUCAAAUUAUACUGCUUCUCUACCAUGUUGAA